GAGACCCUGUCUCAAAAAGACACACAUAAAAAAGUUUAUUUUUGCAGUUUGGUGCAACCACUAGGGGACACGCUGGGACCUGAGACGUUCUCUCUCCGCGCGCCAGCGUGCCUUGGUCCGUGUGGCCGGAUGCCGAGCCGCCUGGGGAGUUUGCAGACCCUAGACUACGUCUCCCCGACGCAAGCAGGCGGAAGUAGCCGAAGACGCGCCGGAAGUGGCUGAGCUGGAGUGCGAUGCCCAGCACCCGGCGCCAGUUGCCAUGGAGCCAGUGGGGCCCUGCAGUUUCUGCCCCGCCGGGGAGGCGCAGCCGGCGCGCUACACCUGCCCGCGCUGCAACGUGCCGUACUGCUCCUUGCGCUGCUAUCGGGCUCAUGGCAGCUGCGCCGAAGACUUCUAUCGGGACCAGGUGCUACGAGAGCUCCGCGGCCGCAGCGCCUCGCCCAGCCGCCUGGCAGGCGCGCUACGCCGGCUGCGUCAACAACGGGAGACCGAGGAUGAGCCUGAGGCAGCAGGCCCCGGCCCUGGCCGGGGACCCGGCGGCCUUCCUGGGCUCUGGGAGCGGCUGGCACCCGCCGAGAAGGCGGCCUUCGAGCGGCUGCUGAGCCGUGGCGAGGCCGGGCGUCUUCUGCCCCCGUGGCGGCCGUGGUGGUGGGGCCGCAGGGCCGGCCCCCGGCUGUUGGAGGAGCUGGAUGGAGCCCCGGGAAGCGAUCCGGCGGAACUGGAGCCCGGCCCUACGAAGACCACGCCAGUGUCCGUGGAGCCGGCUGUCGAAGACCCCCCGGUGGCCGAUCCGCCCGCCGCGCCCGCCCGCAUCCCGGCGCUGGCCAGCCUGAGCCGCAGCCCCGCCUCGCCGCUUGUGCGCUUCCAGCUGCCCAACGUGCUGUUCGCCUACGCCCACACGCUCGCCCUGUAUCACGGAGGGGACGACGACGCCCUGCUCCCCGACUUCUGCACCACGUUGCUCGAUGUGUCUGGAGCCCUGGGCGCCCAGCAAGUAUUCGACUCCACGGACGAAGCCCUGCAAGCCGCAGCCCACGUGCUGGAAGCGGGCGAGCACCCACCUGGGCCCCUGGGUACGCGGGGUGCUAUGCAAGAGGUUGCCCGUAUCUUGAUGGGGGAGGGUCCUGUCAACCAGAAAGGCUACACUCUGGCAGCACUGGGGCAUCUGGCACAAACGCUGGGCCUAGCCCGGAAACAGGCUGUGGCUGGGGAAGAGCGAGAUCGCCUUUACCGGGCCCGCAAGAAGUGCCAGUUCUUGCUGGCUUGGACCAACGAGAACGAGGCCGCCCUCACACCCCUGGCUCUAGACUGUGCCAGGGCCCACCGAGCCCAUGCCGUGACAGCUGAAGAGGUGGCAGCUAUCACAGGGAACCUGGAGCGGCUUUGGGGGGGCCCGGUGCCACCUCCUCCAAGGACUCUGAUUGAGGAGCUCCCUGACUGAGCUGAGUACCCAUGUCAUUAAUAAAGCUGUGACUGGUCUGCCCAGA